CCUCCACUGAACUCCACUUUCCUCUUCACUCACUCACUCAAAACUCCAUCAUGAUUCUCUCUCUUCUCCUCUUCCCCGCCCUAGGGUUUCUCAUCCUCUCCCUCCUCUCCAAGAAACUCAACCCCCCUAGCCUCCGCUGCCUCAUCUCCUUCUACCAAAACCGCCACCGCUUGCUGAGCUGGUACACCGAGCUUCUCUCGGCGUCGGAGAAUCAGACCAUCGUGGUCCACCGCCUGGGCGCGCCGCGAACGAUCAUCACCGCGAAUCCCGACAACGUUGAAUACAUGCUGAAGAGCAACUUCGCCAACUUCCCAAAGGGCAAGCCCUUCACCGAAUUACUCGGCGACUUCCUCGGCCUUGGGAUUUUCAACGUCGACGGCCACAUGUGGUCCCUUCAGCGCAAGCUCGCCAGCCACGAGUUCAGCACCAAUUCUCUCCGCGAUUUCACGGUCCAAGUCCUCGCCGAUGAGGUCGCCGGGAGGCUCAUCCCGAUCCUCGAAAAUGCUGCUGAGAGAAAUUCCGUUUUGGACAUGCAGGAGGUGUUGCGCUGCUUCGCCUUUGACACUAUCUGCCAGGUCUCUCUCGGGAUGGAUCCUUCCUGCCUCGACAUGUCUCGCCCGGUGCUGCCGCUCUCGGCCGCGUUUGAUUCGGCGUCGGAGAUCUCCGCUAUGAGAGGGGCGGCGCCAGUUUUCGCGGUGUGGAAGCUGAAGCGGGCGCUGAAUUUGGGGCCGGAGAAGGAUCUCAAGGAUGCUGUGAAGAUCGUCCGCGGCUGCGUUGAUGAGAUGAUACUGCGCAAGAAGAAGAUGAUGGAGGACAAAAGCAGCGGCGGAGGAGGAGGAGGUGACCUUUUGUCGAGGUUUUUGGGGGCGGGGAUGGAGAGCGAGAUGGUGAGGGAUAUGGUGAUAAGCUUUCUCAUGGCGGGGAGGGACACCACGUCCGCGGCGCUGACGUGGCUUUUCUGGCUGCUGACCAACCACCGCGACGUCGAGCAGAGAGCGAUGGAGGAGGUCAAAAUUGGUAUUGAUCUAGGAUAUAAUGAUUUGAAGGAGAUGAAUUUCAUCAAGGCUUGUUUGUGUGAGACCAUGAGGCUCUACCCGCCAGUGGUGUGGGACUCUAAGCAUGCCGCAAACGACGACGUUUUUCCGGAUGGGACGCCGGUUUUCCAGGGGAACCGGGUCACUUAUUUCCCGUACGGGAUGGGGCGGAUGGAGGCGCUGUGGGGGAAGGACCGGCUCGAGUUUAGACCGGACCGGUGGCUAGAUGAGACCGGGGCGGUUAAGAUGGUCAGCCCGUAUAAGUUUCCGGUUUUCCAGGCCGGUCCGAGGGUGUGCCUUGGGAAGGAAAUGGCAUUUAUUCAGAUGAAAUAUGUGGUGGCGUCGGUUCUCCGCCGGUUCGAGCUGGUUCCGGUUCGGGAUGAGCCGCCGGUUUAUGUUCCCCAGCUCACGGCUUACAUGGCCGGCGGGUUCAGUGUUAGGGUUCGCCGGAGAGGGGAAGUCAAGUGAUGUAGUUAGUGAUAAGUUGGUAGUUUUGGUUAAUGUUUUGGAACCUUAAAUCAAGGAAUGGUGAUAUAGGGUAUGAGUUAAAGUUGCAAUUGUUAGUACUACUAUUGUGUUUUGAAUUUAAAUGAAUGUGCAAGUGUUUGAAAUUUAGUGGUUUA